UUUUUUUUUUUCCUUAAAGUAAAAUGAAUCUGGCACAACUUCUAGAAAGUGGCCUAUCAAGAACACCACUUAAUACUUCAUACUACCUUGGAUGUGUUUUUGGUUUAGUUCUUGCACAAAAUGUUUUGGCAGAAAUUAAACCAUCCACAAUAUCAACACCUGUCAAACAAAUAAUGGCUACUCCUAUGGUGAUUGCUGAUUUAAUGUUUCCAGUAUUUUUUAGAAAUGAUGGUUGUAAGUAGUCCCACCCCCUUUUCUCUCUCUCUCUCUCUCUCUCUUUAAGCUUUUACUAUAUGAAUUAUAACUAAACAAUGCUGAAUAUAGCAUGGAACUUACUUGGUGCUACCAUCUUAUUUAUGGCAUUUCUUCGAUUUUGUGAUCUCUUUUUGCUUGCUCCUGCUAUUCAAGGUGUAGAAGCAUACGCUUCUAUGAAAUUCUUACGUGAUGAGUUUUGGAGUUGUUUACGUACCUUCCCUAAAAACAAAGAAGAAGAAAAAAAAUUUGUAAAAGACAAAAAAUUUUAUCAUCUUAUACCUUAUUUCAUUUUUCAUGCUCUUGUUUCUGAUAUUAUUGUUGCUUGGUUUUCAACUUUUACAAAUGAAGAGCUUAUGAAUACAUAUCAUCAGAGACCUGUUUUCUUUUUCUUCUUCUUUUGCAUGGUUUUGAUCGCUAUGCCUGCCGGAUUUACAGCUAAUGGUUAUUUAUUACAGAUUUUAUAUGUUCUUAUUUUUGAGAAAGGUUCAUACUGUGAAGCUCAAUGGCGUACUUUGAUGAAGCACCCAAUUUGCGCAACAUCACUUGGACAAAUUUGGUCUGAUCGUUGGCAUCAGGCACUUAAAUCAACUUGGCUUCAAUUGCCUUUCAAUGAAACACGUAUUUUAACAGAACGUCUAUUGACUAAACGUCGUGUAAAGAGUGCUAAAAGAUUAGCUAUUAUGGCUGGGGCACUUUCUGUGUUUAUGAUGUCAGGAUUAUUACAUGAAUACUUGGCUUACGUGAAUAUAGGCUAUCAUCAAUAUAAGCAAUAUAUGGGAGAGGAGAUGUGUUUCUUUACUAUUCAUGGUGUCGCUGUGAUGAUCGAGAAAUUUGUUGCUAAAGCAUGUAAAGGACAAAAAUGGGCAACUAGCAGCCCCGUUAUUCUCAUUCUUAGACGUGUCUGGACCUUGGGUUUUGCUUGUUAUACCAUUCCUCUUUUCUUAAGGGCUUUCAUGUACUGGGAUUCAUGGCAUUCUGCCCCUUUCUUCCCUUUACAACCCUACAUUCUAAACAUAAUGCGACAAAUUCCUGGAAUGCAUCACAUCUGUGGCAGCUUAUUUUAAUUUUAUAGAUAUAGAUAUAUAUAUACAUGUAUAUAUUAAGCUCGACUUUUUUUUUUCUUUAUUGAACAUAUAUAAUGUAUUACUAUUUUAGAAUAGAUUCUCAACAAUUGUAAUUAUUACUACUACCCUCUUUUUUUUUCUUCUUCUUUUCUUCGGUAAAAUUAUGUUUUAUAGUUUGGCUUCCUCCAUAUACAUGUAUAUAAAUAAGCUUUUUUAGUUCUAUUUUGUCUUGAUUUUGCUAUUCACUUUAUUUUGUGUUUCCUAAAACUUCUUCUCCACCUUUAUAAAUAUGCUGCUGAUAGCAAAGCAGGACAAG